UCUCCCGCUGUCCUGCGAGUGUACGGACUCUUCCGAUGGGACCCGAGAAGGUGGACACGGCUGCUGGGGCCUCCAAUGAUGAGGCCUAGUGGCCUGGGCUCUUGCGCCCCGGCACGGAGGGCGGUGACAGUGACUCUGGAGCCCCCCGGCCCCAGCCGCUGGGACGAGCCCGUGGGCAUUCUCGUGAGCGGCCUGGCCCCGGAGCAGCCAGUCACGCUGCGGACUUCCCUGCGCGACGAGAAAGGCAUACUCUUCGGGGCCCACGCGCGCUACCACGCGGACGCGGGCGGCCAGCUGGACCUGGCGCGCGCGCCCUCCCUGGGCGGCAGCUUCGCGGGGCUCGAGCCCGCGGGGCUCCUCUGGGCCAUGCAGCCCGAGAAGCCCUGCACGAAGCUGGUAAAGCGGGACGUGCAGACGCCGUUCACCGUGGAGCUGGAGGUGCUCCGCGGCCACGAGCCCGACGCCGGGCGGCUCCUGGGCCGGGCGGCGCUCGAGCGCCACUUCCUCGCUCCCGGGAUGCGGCGGGAGCGGGUGCGCGCGGGCCGGGUGCGCGCCACGCUCUUCCUGCCGCCAGGACCUGGACCCUUUUCUGGGAUUGUGGACCUUUCUGGAAUUGGAAUUGGCCUUAUGGAAUAUCGAGCUUGUCUGCUGGCUGGGAAGGGUUUUGCUGUGAUGGCUCUAGCUUACUAUAACUAUGAAGACCUCCCCAAGAGUAUAGAAAACCUUCACCUGGACUACUUUGAAGAGGCUGUGAACUACCUGCUUAAUCACCCUCAGGUAAAGGGUCCAGGAGUCGGGCUGCUUGGAAUUUCCAAAGGAGGUGAGCUGUGCCUCUCCCUGGCCUCGUUCCUGAAGGGCAUCACUGCUGCAGUCAUAAUCAACGGCUCUGUGAUCAAUACUUUGGGAACUUUACACUAUAAGGGUGGGACCCUGCCCCCUGUAGAGUUAGACCUGAAUAGACUCAAGAUCACGGCGGACGGCUUUGCAGACACUGUGGAUAUCCUGAAUAGCCCUUUGGGAGAAACUGACCAGAAGAGCUUCAUUCCCGUGGAAAGGGCUGAGAGCACCUUCCUGUUCCUUGUAGGUCAGGAUGACCACAACUGGAAGAGUGAAUUCUAUGCUAAUGAGGCCUCUAAACGUUUACAGGCCCAUAAUAAGGAGAAGCCUCAAAUCAUCUGUUACCCAGGAACAGGGCACUAUAUUGAGCCUCCUCACUUUCCCAUGUGCCGGGCUUCCCUGCACGCUGUGUUCCACCGCCCUGUCGUCUGGGGAGGGGAGCCCAGGGCUCAUGCCAUGGCCCAGGUGGAUGCUUGGAAGCAGCUCCAGAUUUUUUUCCACAAACACUUGGGUGGAGAAAAGGGGAUAGUCCCACCAACACUGUAA